CGCAAAUUCAGUCUAGAUAGUGAAUUUACCACAGCAAGUCAAACUCACAGUUAUAAUAAUGAAAAUUGUACAAAUUUUCUCGAUAAUUUUUCUUAUCGGGUGCGUAAAGUCACAAGGACCAAUUGUCAUUCCAGAUGACAGUGAAGUCUUAGAGUUCACAGUUCAAAUUGAACGAGCUGCUUUGCAGGCAAAUCAACAAAAUAUUUUCCUCAGUGUCGGAACAUUGUUGACUUUAUCGCAUGUUUUGUCGCCUGGUCAUAUUUUUGACUUUCCAUUCGUCAAUGCCAGCAACCCAAACCAAAUUGUCAUCAGAUUCCGUGGGAACCAACUUGGUCAUGGAUUUAGAGCUAGCCCAAAUUUGAUUACCAGACAUCAGACAGCUGAUUUGGCAAUUUUGAGGAUGACACAUCGAGUUGAUCAGCAGUUCCGUUUUGCACCAAGAAAUCGUGUGGAUUUGACAUGGAAUCGAUUCUGUACAAUUUAUGGAUUUGAUAUUGGCCAAGUGAAUCCAACAGCACAACAACUUGUAGCUACAUCAGCUAUGAUAAGGAACUCGACUGAUGCAAGCUGUAACACUGGAUUCUGUGCAAUUGGAACUGUUGGACAAUUUUCACAUUGUGAUGGAUUUAUUGGCUCACCAGUGACUUGUGAUGGAGUUUCUGUAGCUGCUAUUGUCACUGAGGAUCACUUUUGUGCAUUGACUACUGCAAGUGCUACUCUGUUCAGGCUUAGUGAUCAAACAGAAUGGAUCAAUACACACACAAGUGGAGCAAAGAUUUCAACACAGUCAUCAAUUUUUGGGGUUAUUUUGGGGGCUUUGUUGAUGAGAUUUAUAGCCUAAGAUGUGAAUUUGAUGAUUUAAUGUUGUUUUAUUUAAUUUAAUUUAAUUUUUAAAAAAAUAAAGGAUUUUUAUU